UCUCUCUAUAUAAAUCUCUUUAUAAAGUAGAAUAUCUCUCUCUGGUGAAAGUGAAACCCUAAUACAGAAGUCGUGGUCAUUGCUGGCUAGCUCAUUACCUUUGCGGCUUAGUCGCCUCCUCUUCUUCUUCUGUAAGUUUAGUCUGACAUCUAUUCAGCUUUGAAACAUAUAUGGAAAACAACCAAAUGUUCUUCCCCGGAUCAUCAUCAUCAGCUUCAUCCUCUUCGUCAAUGGCGGCUUUUUCAUCACCGAAUAUGGGAAGCCCUCAAGUACUACUUUACAGUAGCAGCGGUACUGCCAACUAUGGCGGUGAUGACCGUAGUAGUUCAAUUAGUCGUCACAGCCUUUUGGGAUCGGCGAUGGGAACAGAAAACCAUGCAGCUAAUGGCGGGAGACAACUUGCUGUUAAACACGAUGACGACGACCAUUAUUCCGAUGAUCGUGCUGAACAUCAUGAUCAAAGUCCGGCGGCGGCUGAUAACUCAUCAGGUAAGAUGAAGAAGAAAACGAGAAAGCCCAAGUAUGCUUUUCAGACGAGGAGCCAGGUUGAUAUACUUGACGAUGGCUAUCGCUGGAGAAAAUAUGGCCAAAAAGCAGUCAAAGCAAACAGAUUCCCCAGAAGCUACUAUCGAUGCACGUAUGAAGGGUGCAAUGUUAAGAAGCAAGUGCAAAGGUUAAGCAAGGAUGAAGGCAUUGUGGUAACCACCUACGAAGGGAUGCACUCUCAUCCAAUCGACAAGCCUAAUUCUGACAAUUUCGAACAUAUCUUGUCUCAAAUGCAACUCGCAAAUCACACAGGCCAGCUAGGUUAGCUUGCUAGCUUUGCUUGCCACUCCCUUUGAUAUGGCUUCUAUCUCAUCUGAAGGAAUUGAUCGAUCGAGCCAGGUUUAAUUUUGUGCUGGCCUCAGAAGCCUCUGCUGCUCCAAGUUCAAAUGGAUAUAUGUAGCAGAUAGAGUAGCAGUGUUUGAUUUUUCUCUUUUUAAUUAGCAGAUGUUUGAUUUCAAUGAAGUAGUAAAUUAAGAAGUGUGGGCAGGUUUUAUAUUGUUGUAUGUGUAGAUCGAGCAUGCAUGCCUUGUCGGCCCUGAUGCUCUUGGCAUCAAUAUAUUGUUUGUUUAACGCAAUGCAAAUACUAGCGAGAAUGCUAGAUGCACGAGUUUCUCAAGUUCUUUGUGCUUUUUCUUCUCCCACAUUAGUGUGCAAAUCAGU